AUGUGGAUGUCAUGGCUCGAGCUCGGACGAGCACGCCUCGGAGUGGCUCCUCCACGCACGCAUUGCGCGGCAGGCGCUCCAGUGACGACGAUGCCAACUUGGAGCAGUCCUCCGUGGACUGGUGCUGCAGAGGCGCGUCGGCUCACCCCGCCCGCCGCUGUGGCCGCCCCACUGGGUCUGCUGGGCGCCGCGCCUCUGGGUGCCGCGCCCGCCAUCGUGGCGGGGUCUGUGCCGGCCAGGAUGUCAAUGCCCGCAGGCUUUCAGCUUCAGACCGUGCCACCAAUGCCAGGCCAAGGAUUUCCCUAUGCCUGA